AUGGCCGAAAUCCUAGGCGCGGGCGUGACCCACUAUCCUCCAAUGCUGGUAUCCGACGAGGAGAGAGCCUUCCCGAUCAACAUUACGCUGGCGCGCGACGAGCGUGUUCCUGAGCAUAUGAAGAAUCCGGCCAACUGGCCUGAAGCCAUGCGGGUGGAAUACGGGGAGGACGAGGGUGUCGCCUCGGCCGCCCAACACCGUGAGCGCCUGGUCAAGAGUUUCCGUGUAGUCAGCGACGAGAUUCAGGCAUUUGAGCCUGACUUCGUCGUGAUUUUUUGGCGAUGA